AGAGAUGAAGGGGGCAGAGGGAGGAAGAGACCGAGAGACAAUACGCCAUCACCAUGGCCAUGGGCACAUCCUCUUGGAUGCUUGGCGGCGCUCUCAUCCUCCUCGUCCUCUCCUCGCCCAGCGAUGUUUACGGUGGGUCAACCCCUAGCGCCGCGCCACGUUCCCCGUUGGACGACCUCUGCUCCAGCGUCGCCGGCGGCUGGUACGUCUUGCCAAACGAAUGUGUGUCCGUGCUCUGCGUCGACCCCUCCUGCCGCUCCGCGCGCGGCUGGCCAGAGCUUGCGGUGCUCGGCACCAGGCUUGCGGUGGUCAAUGCCACGGUAACCAAGGCCAUCCUCGAAUCUGCGCUCGCCCACGCUAAGGACGCCAAGUCCAGGAAGGUCAUGCGGUUGUGCCUGCAUAUCUACGUCGACGCCGUCUCGAGGCUACAGUGGGCGGCGCGGUCGAUCGCCGCGGGGCGCUAUAGCGGCGUUCCGGGGGUGCUAGAGGGGGUCUAUUCGCAGGUCUCAGUUGAGUGCACUAGCUUCGCCGGCCAGGUGGCGCUUCCCAAGGAGAGCGUCGAGUUCUCCAGGAUGGCCCAUGUAGUGUGGGCCGUCGUUGAUAUGGUGCAGCGUAGUAUCGGCUGACCAACCGAUGAACCGGUCGCCGAAUACAUUCAUUAACCUACUCUUCCAUUCCGUAAUAAUAAGAUAAGGACGUUGUCAAACCGGCCUGCAACAACUAUGCACUGAUGUAUUGUGGGCUUAAUUAUGAGUCUUAGAUUCAUGUCA